AUGUUCUCCAAGCAAGCCAUUGCUCUGGCUCUGUCCAUUGCCGCCGUCGAGGCUGCCCACCAGGGUUUCAACUAUGGUACCACCAAGACCGAUGGUAGCUACAACUACGAGGCCGACUUCAAGACCGAGUUCCAGACAGCCAAGAACCUCGUCGGCACCUCCGGCUUCACCAGUGCCCGUCUGUACACCAUGAUUCAGGGCGGUACCACCAACGACCCUAUCCAGGCUAUUCCCGCUGCUAUUGCCUCGGAGACCUCUCUCCUGCUCGGUCUCUGGACCUCCGGCGGCAACGUCGACAACGAGAUCGCCGCCCUCGAGUCCGCCAUCAACACCUAUGGCGAGUCCUUCACCAAGCUGGUCGUCGGUAUCUCCGUCGGCAGCGAGGAUCUCUACCGUAACUCAGUCACUGGUGCCAAGAACAAGGCUGGCGUCGGUAUCAACCCCGACACCCUGGUCAACUACAUCAAGCAGGUCAAGUCUGCCAUCUCCGGAACUUCCCUGAGCGGCGCCUCCGUCGGUCACGUCGACACCUGGGAUGCCUGGACCAACGGCACCAACGCCGCCGUGAUCGACGAGAUCGACUGGCUCGGCUUCGACGGCUACCCCUACUACCAGACCACCAUGGCCAACGGCAUCGACCAGGGCAAGUCCCUCUUCGACGACGCCGUAGCCAAGACCAAGGCCGUCGCCAACGGCAAGGAGGUCUGGAUCACCGAGACUGGCUGGCCCGUCAGCGGCCCCAACGAGGGCGACGCCGUUGCCUCUCUCGCCAACGCCAAGCAGUACUGGGACGAGGUUGGCUGCCCUCUCUUUGGCGAGACCAACACCUGGUGGUACAUGCUCGCCGAUGCCGGUUCCAGCCCCAGCUUCGGUGUCACCGGUAGCACCUCCAGCACCAACCCCCUGUUCAACCUGUCCUGCAACACCACCUCCACCUCAACCAGCUCGGCCUCCGCCUCGUCCUCUACCAGCUCUAGCACCAAGUCCGGCUCGGCCUCUUCUUCCUCCGUCAGUGGCUUCGCUACCUCCUCCCGGGCUAGCUUCGGUGUUGGCCACAACACUCACCCCGCUACCCAGACCUCCACCCCCCUGAUCGUCGCCACCCAGACUGCCUCUUCUAGCUCUGGCACCUCUGCUUCCAACUCCGGCAGCUCCUCCUCCGGCUCUUCUUCCUCUGGCUCUUCCAACUCUGGUUCCGGUUCUGGUUCCGGAUCUAGCAGCUCUGCCUCUGCCACCUCCACCACCAGCUUCAAUUCUGCUACCCGCUCCACCGGCUCGGCCUUUGGUGCCCUUGCCGCUGCUCUGGUCCUCGCCAUUGCUGUUUAA